AUUUUUUUUUUUUUUUUUGCAUCAGUUGAAACCGACAAAUCAUUCCUAUUUUUUUCUGAUUUUUUUGUUUGAUGAGAACAAUAUGAUUGUUGUGUUUUUGUUGCUUAAAUUGAUCGGCGAUGCUCUUUGUGCAUUCUAGGUUUCCAGUGCCAAAGUCUGUGUGUGGAUUGCAUGUGUGAUUUUUGGUCUAAUUUGGGCAGUUUGGUUUACUUAGUUUGUGUUUGAUUUUAAUUUUGGAUUCAAUGAUUGUUUUUUGCUAGCCUUUUGUGGAUAUUAUCUUAAACAGUUGGAUUAUUAGCUCGUGUAGGGUUUAUCAUUGGCUAAAUUGCGGAAAUUGAUCUAUUUGUAGGGAAAUUUUGCUGGCCAUUCUAAUUUCCAAAAAAAACUUAUGUGAUUUUUCCUUUUUCAUACUAAGUUGGACUAGCAGCUUGUCUGGGGUUUAUCACUUGUCUAUGUUGCUGAAGAUAUAUUAUUGAUAGGAAUUGCAGGUAUUGAAACUGAGAUUAAUUGAUGUUUUCUUUGGGUCUGAGAAAAUGCAAUGUGAUUCUAUUGCUGUUUGCAGGGAACUUCUCCUUAUUGACAAUUUGACACUUGUUGAUGUUCCAGUCAUGACAAAAGAGCCCGUAUCUGUUUAGUCUAGUUAGGUGCAGAAGAACGAGGGUGACAUGUCCGAUGCUUAUCCAAGGAUAUAAUAACAGAAGAUAGUAAUUAUCUAUGUAUUCAAAACGGUCUGGUCAAGGGGAUGGAUCUGCUUCAGGACCAGUACGCACAAGUGAUAGGCUCAGGAGAAGGCCAAAGAUGUAUGGUCGCUCAUACUUGUAUUAUAGUCCAACCAUUAUACGUGGCAAGAAAAGCAAAACUAAGACAAGAACAGCAGCUUCUCAGAUUGCCAAGAUGUUGCGUCCUGGGAAUCGGCCAAUGCGGAACUCAAAUAGUAAUUCAGUUGCGACCAACCUUCGACGUUCUACCAGAAAGAGGAGGAUUUCUGUAAAUCUUGAAGGUUAUACAGAUAGUUCUGGGUCAGAGGAAGAUGAUGACUUGAUGAGACCCAAGUAUCGACCUUCUAGAAACCGCAUUGACAAUAGUGCAAGUCAAGAUGAGUUAUCAUCUCCUAAACAUAAAAAAAUCCUUGAUGCUAGACCAUUGCCGAGGCGUGAAGGACUUCGUCCCCGUCGCUCAAAAGCAGUUGCAAGAGAACAGUUGAAUCUAGAAUCUGAUGAUGAACAAGGUACAUCUGAAGAGAAGGUUGGCCAUGAUGAAACAGAAAAUGGGAAUGAGGUUGAAGAUAAUGAUGCUGAUGCUGAUGCUGAUGAUGGUGAGGAUGAAGAUGAGGGUGAUGGUGACGGUGAUGGCGAGGGCGAGGAUGAUGGAGAGGAAGAUGGUGAUGAUGAAGAGGGUGAAGAAGAACAGGAGGAAGGAAGGAGGCGGUAUGAUCUUCGUAAUCGUGCUGAUGUCCGCAGGCUUUCUCUUGAAGAAGGUAAGCAAAGACCAAGAUCUCCUCGAAGAGUGUUACAUCAAGGGAUGGGUACUAAGGUCAGCAGAGAUGCAAGGAAGGGUGGAUCUCGAGGUCACAAGCGGCAUCGCCUAGCAAGAGCCGAAGAUUCUGAUGACUCUCUUCUUGUGGAUGAGCUAGAUCAAGGUCCUGCUAUUCCUUGGGGGCGUGGUGGGAGCAGAUCUGCACCACCUUGGCUUUUUGGCGGACUAGAUGUGCCUGGGACAUCAGCGUGGGGCUUGAAUGUUGCUGCUUCUGGUUGGGGACAUCAGAGUGAUGCUUUUGCUACCUUGACUUCUGGGAUCCAAACAGCUGGACCAAGCUCCAAGGGAGGGGCUGAUAUUCAACCUUUACAGGUUGAUGAGAGUGUAAGUUUUGAUGACAUAGGUGGGCUUUCUCAAUAUAUUGAUGCAUUGAAAGAAAUGGUUUUCUUCCCCUUGCUAUAUCCAGAUUUCUUUGCUAGUUACCACAUCACCCCUCCCAGGGGGGUCUUGUUAUGUGGUCCCCCUGGCACUGGGAAAACACUUAUUGCAAGAGCAUUGGCUUGUGCUGCUUCAAAGGCUGGCCAGAAAGUCAGUUUUUACAUGCGAAAGGGUGCUGAUGUGCUUAGCAAAUGGGUAGGCGAGGCUGAAAGACAAUUGAAACUACUUUUUGAAGAAGCUCAAAGGAAUCAACCAUCUAUUAUCUUCUUUGAUGAAAUUGAUGGACUUGCCCCUGUUCGCUCUAGCAAACAAGAGCAAAUUCACAAUUCUAUCGUGUCAACUUUGCUUGCAUUAAUGGAUGGUCUUGAUUCUCGUGGACAAGUCGUUCUGAUUGGAGCAACCAACCGGAUUGAUGCCAUUGAUGGAGCCUUACGCCGCCCUGGUCGGUUUGAUCGUGAAUUCAACUUUCCUCUGCCUGGUUGUGAGGCACGUGCUGAAAUAUUAGAGAUUCAUACACGCAAAUGGAAGCGGCCUCCUUCAAAGGAACUAAAAUUGGAGCUUGCUGCCAGUUGUGUAGGAUAUUGUGGUGCUGAUUUAAAAGCUCUUUGCACUGAAGCUGCAAUUCGUGCUUUUCGUGAAAAAUAUCCUCAGGUUUACACUAGUGAUGAAAAAUUUGUGAUAGAUGUUGAUUCAGUAAAGGUCGAAAAGUAUCAUUUUGUAGAAGCCAUGUCAACAAUUACCCCUGCUGCACACAGGGGCUCUAUUGUUCACUCUCGACCAUUGUCGUUAGUUGUUGCACCAUGUCUACAAAGGCAUCUCCAGAAGGCUAUGAAUUAUAUAUCAGAUAUUUUUCCUGCUCUUGCAAUUUCCUCAGAAUUAACAAAGCUUUCUAUGCUGUCCUAUGGUUCUGCAAUUCCUCUUGUGUAUAGACCUCGGUUUUUGUUAUAUGGCAGUGAAGAUGUGGGCCUGGAUCAUCUUGGGCCAGCUAUUUUACAUGAGCUGGAGAAAUUUCCUGUUCAUUCUUUAGGAUUUCCAGCUCUUCUUUCAGAUCCUAGUGCAAAGACACCAGAAGAGGCAUUGGUGCAUAUAUUUGGUGAAGCAAGAAGAACAACACCAUCCAUACUGUAUUUACCUCAAUUCCAUCUUUGGUGGGAGAAUGCACAUGAGCAGCUUAAGGCUGUUCUGCGAACCCUAUUGGAAGAAUUGCCUUCUGACUUUCCCAUAUUAUUACUAGGAACAUCCUCAACACCCCCAUCCGAAUUGGAGACAAUGGGUGCAACUUCAGUCUUUUCUCACCGUAAUAUCUAUGAAGUGGGAAAACCAUCAAUUGAAGACAGAAAUCUGUUUUUUGAGCGUUUGGUUGAAGCUGCUUUGUCAGUGUCAUCAGAGGGUGCAAAGGGAAAAUCCCAAGAACAGGCCCUUCCUGAACUCCCCAAAGCACCAAAAGUAGCAAGUGGCCCAAAAGUCUCCGAGUUAAAAGCCAAGGUAGAAGCUGAACAACAUGCACUGCGGCGACUGCGAAUGUGUCUUAGAGAUGUUUGCAACCGGAUUUUGUAUGAUAAAAGGUUCACUGUCUUCCAUUAUCCGGUCAUGGAUGAGGAUGCACCAAACUAUCGCUCAAUCAUUCAGAAUCCCAUGGACAUGGCUACACUUCUGCAGCGUGUGGACUGUGGGCAGUAUAUUACAUGUUCAGUAUUCCUGCAAGAUAUUGAUCUUAUUGUUAACAAUGCGAAGGCUUAUAAUGGAGAUGAUUACAAUGGAGCUAGGAUCGUCAGUAGAGCCUACGAGCUUCGAGAUGCAGUUUAUGGAAUGCUGUCACAGAUGGACCCUGCACUGGUUGCAUUCUGUGAAAAGAUUGCUGCCCAAGGGGGUCCAGCCCAUAUGCCAGACGAGCUUGGGGGCUCAGUUUUCACACCCACUCCUGUUGUUCAGAUGGCAACUGUUACUAGAGCAAGUGCUCGACUUCGUAAUGUGCAGCCAGAGGUUAAUCUCGACCAAAGCUAUGAAGCAUUGAAAAGACCAAAAAAGAAUGUUGAUGCUGCACCUUCAGUGUCAACAGCAGAAGACAAGCCGCGGCAACAGGAAGCUGCACCAUUAAAGUCAUCACAAGAAAAUGAGGCAAAUGACGCAAAUGACGCAAAUGACGCAAGUCCUGAACAGCCAGAGUGCUCUCUUGCUGAUAACCAUAGACCUGAAACCUCUCAAGAAGCUUCAGGUCAUACCAGUGCAAGUGGGUCCCAAGAAGAUGUUGUAAUGUCAGAUGUAGACAUUUCGAGCCAAAUGGAAUCGGUCAAGCUGCUUUUUGUGGAGCAUACUGAAAACUAUGGUAUUCCACAGCUGGAAAGGCUUUACACGCGCAUUAUGAAGGGUGUAUUCGAAGCCAAAGAUGGUGGGGUUGGGGAAGAUCCAAAGCCUUCAAUUUUGAAGUUUUUGUUGAAGUUUGCCAAUGAUGAGGCAAACUUCUGAUUCUAACAUCUCCCUUCUCAAAUUUUUUUCAACGUUGUUUUCUUUGAACUCGAUAGUUUGUAUAAAAUCGGAUUUUUUUAAUGUGAAAUUGUUGAGUAAUAAGCA